AUGAUGCCACUGACGGAAGGAUCGGCCUCGGCCGAUCGGUUCUCGGUGGCGGGAUCGGCAGCCGGAUCAACGUACGACGUACCAGCCGAGCUGGACACGGCGCUUACCGACGACCAACAUCGUCACGGUGAUCCAGCUGCCUUGCCAACCGCUGCCGAUGAGACCGAUCGGUCGACGGUACCGUGUUUAAACGAAACUCCCCGCAUACUACCGGAAGCCGGAGAUGAGGACGGGCCGGCGGCAGUACAGAUCAAGAAAGCGCGUAAGUCCACACUGUUCCAAACGCACAACCAUCAUCCACAACAUCACCGUUCGCAUCACCGGUACGAUAUCGAGCAAGAAAAGUCGCAUCCUGACGCUGUAUCCACUUUAGCGGAGCUGUUGCAGGAUUCCGGUCUCCAGGCGUCCGUGCACGACAUCCUGAACGAUGGCGAGGAGGACCAGAUGUUUAUCACCGGGUACGAACGGUGCCUGCGCAAAACGUUCCUGUGCUACGUCGGCUUCCUGCUUACGUUCGGCAUCCUGCGGUUGGUGAUGCAUUGGCGACGACAUUGGUUGCUGCUCGCGACGCACCGUGAAUGUUCGCUCGAGCACGCCGAAAAGGUGCUGAUCCACGAGGCAUACCAACGCAAGCACGAUCUGUACUACGUGAAGGACGUUAUUACGCUCAGCGGUGAUGUUAUCAGUGAAAUUCUGGAUGAAAAGAAGAAACCAACGACAACCAACGCUCGUAACGUGAUCAAGGAGCUGACGCAGAAUGGAAUAACGGAUUACGUCGGGUUCUUCCGUUCGCUAAACCCGUUCCAGGUGGCUUACCAUCGCACCGGUGGGCGAUUCGAGCAUGCGAGCACGAUGCGUUACUUUUGCUGCAAGAAGCUACGGUACAUAUGGUGCGACCUGACCAAGCGAUUCAUCAAACUGCAGGGUCUGGACGUGGAGGUCCCGAGCGUACUCAUCCACCACACGAAGGGACUGUCCGUGUACGAGCAGAGCAUCCGCCGCUUGAUCUACGGAAGUAACGAAAUCUUCAUCCCGCUGCGUAGCGUACUAACGCUGCUGUUUCUCGAGGUGCUCAAUCCGUUCUACGUGUUUCAGAUCUUCUCGGUGAUAUUGUGGUUUUUCUACGAGUACUACUACUACGCGGUGGUGAUCGUACUGAUGAGCGGGUUCGGUAUUACCGUCUCGAUCAUACAGACGCAGCGCAACCAGCGCGCACUCUACUCCACCGUGAAGAGCACCGACACGGCGAUGGUGGUGCGAGACAACAUGGAAUCGGAAACGAUCGAGACGCGGUUUUUGGUGCCGGGUGAUGUGCUGGAAAUACCUGCCACCGGUUGCACGAUGCAGUGCGACGCGGUUUUGCUAUCGGGCAACUGCAUUCUGGACGAAUCGAUGCUGACGGGUGAGAGUGUGCCGGUCACAAAGACACCGCUGCCGCUUAAGCGCGACCUGAUCUACAACCGUAAGGAGCACGCGCGCCAUACACUCUUCUGCGGAACUCGCGUCAUCCAAACGCGCUACAUCGGCAGCGAGAAAGUCCUGGUGAAGGUACUAAACACGGGCAACAUCACGGCGAAGGGUGGCCUGAUCCGAUCGAUUCUGUAUCCGCCCCCGGUGGACUAUAAGUUUGAGAAGGACUCGUACAAGUUUAUUACCGUGCUGGGUGUGGUGGCAUUCUGUGGUUUUGUCUAUACGCUCUACACCAAGAUUAGCCGUAGCAUUGGAGCUGUUAAGAUCAUUGUCGAAUCGCUGGAUCUGAUCACGAUCGCUGUACCGCCGGCGCUUCCGGCUGCGAUGACCGUUGGCCGUAUGUACGCGCAGAAACGUUUGAAGCGGAGCAACAUUUACUGCAUCUCGCCCCGGGCAAUCAACGUGUCGGGCAGUAUCGAUUGUGUGUGCUUCGACAAGACGGGAACGCUGACGGAGGAUGGUCUGGAUAUGUGGGGCGUGCUGCCAAAGGAUUCGACCAUCAGUUUCCAGAUUCCUCUUAAAGAUAUUGCCCGGUUGCCAAUGAGUGAUCAUCUACUGUUCGGUAUGGUAACUUGCCAUUCAAUUACGUUCGUAAACGGUGAGAUGCGUGGCGAUCCGCUUGAUCUGAAGAUAUUUGAGUCGACCGGGUGGAUUCUCGAGGAGGCGAAUGUGUCCGACGAAACCAAAUACGACAUGCUGUUCCCGACGAUCGUAAAACCACCGCGUGGUGAUUCGCGAGAUGAGAUUAACCUCGAACUGGACGUAGCGUAUGAUAAUUCCAACGACAUCGGUAUCGUGCGCGAGUUUUCCUUCACCAGUGCGCUGCAACGGAUGUCGGUAGUAACGCGUAAGGUGUCGGACAAUCACUUCAACGUGUACGUGAAAGGUUCACCCGAGAUGAUCAGCACGCUAUGCCGGCCCGAAACCAUACCGGAAGAUUUUCAAUCGAAGUUAGGUUUUUACGCACAGCAGGGCUAUCGUAUCAUUGCGAUCGCGUACAAACAGCUGGACAAGAAGCUAAACUACCCGAAGGUUCAAAAAAUUGCCCGUGAAAAGGUGGAAUGUGAAUUGGAGUUUUUGGGCUUUGUCAUUCUGGAGAACCGGCUCAAAGCGGAUACGGAGGAGGUGAUUGAGAGUUUGAAUGCGGCCAGCAUUCGCUCGGUAAUGGUAACAGGCGACAAUCUGCUCACGGCGGCAAGUGUCGCACACGACUGUGGUAUGAUACUGCCCGGUCAGAACCUGGUGACGGUGACAGCGCACGCUGACAAAGCAAACCCGGACCAUUACUUUCUGUCGUACGAUAUUACCGGCCAGGCACAGCUCACACCGUCCGACAUCAUUAACGAUAACCAGUUGGUGCCGGAAGGUAAACCGGACGGUACGCAUAAGGUGAAGGAAAAUGGUAACUACGCACUUAUGACGGAAUCCAACAGCAUUAGCAGUUCGAUCGACACGUGCACGAUCUCGACCCAGCUGAGCACAAACUUCGACAAGGACCAUCACUCGCAUCGCAUCGUGAUCGAGGCGGAUCACGAUUGCAACUCCAUCGCGGACAUUAAGGUGAUGAAUGGCGUUACGUCCGAUCCGCUAACGCUUACCAAGACGUCCGGUUCGUUCUGCUUUGCACUGACGGGUAAAACGUGGGCCAUCAUCAACGAACACUUUCCGGAGCUGGUACCCACCAUUACCUCGUUCGGGACAGUGUUUGCCCGAAUGUCCCCCGACCAGAAGCAGCAUCUUAUAACGGGGUUGCAAAAUCUCGGUUACUACGUGGCGAUGUGUGGCGAUGGGGCGAACGAUUGCGGUGCGUUAAAGGCGGCCCACACGGGUAUCUCGCUUUCGGAGGCGGAAUCAUCUGUCGCGUCACCGUUCACGUCCAAAAACCCAACCAUUGCCUGUGUGCCGAACGUGAUAAAGGAAGGUCGGGCGGCGCUGGUUACCUCGUUCGGCAUAUUUAAGUUCAUGGCUGCCUAUUCGCUUGUGCAGUUCGCUUCCGUGGUAAUACUCUACUCGAUCGACUCGAACCUGACGGAUUGGCAGUAUCUGUACAUCGAUCUGUUCAUCAUCUCGAUUGUGGCAUUCUUCUUCGGCAAAACUUCCUCAUACGAUGGACCGCUAGUAAAGCAAACACCCUCCAACUCGCUGAUAUCGCUUGCGCCAUUGCUGUCGCUGGCACUGCACAUGAUUGUUGCGAUCGGCAUACAGAUGGCCGGUUGGUAUCAUGUGCAAGCGCAACCAUGGUUCGAACCGUUCAAUUACACCUCCGACCGGGAAUUGAAUGAUCACGGUUGCUACGAAAACUAUACCAUCUUUGCUAUCUCCUGCUAUCAGUACCUGAUACUGGCGAUCGUCUUCUCGAAGGGCGCACCGUACCGAAAGUCCAUCUUCUCCAACUACGGUUUCAUCAUCAGCAUCGUGGUGAACACGGCGAUUGCAAUUGUGCUUACUGUGUAUCCGCCCACCUGGAUAGCAAAGCAGUUCGAGCUGGUGAUGCCGCCCGAGGGCGAGUUUCGGUUCCGACUGUACCUCGUAGCGUACGGCCUGAUAAACUUUCUGCUCUCGCUAUUCAUCGAGCAUGUGAUUGUGGACGAGCUGGCAUUCAAGCGGCUACGGUACCGUUGGCACAACGUAGCUAAAUCGCGCCGCAAGUACUUACAGAUACAGCAAAUCUUCCAGCGCGAUAUUCAUUCCCCGAGCGACUUUAAAACCGUGUACGGGUGGUCGAACGAAAAGUAUGAUUACUGA